AUGCCGCCGUCAAUUCUCCAGGCCUCAAACACCCUGCACUACGCCACAGCCAUCUCUGCUGUAGGCUUUUAUCUUUUCCACACUGUCGCCAAUGUUGGACGAACAAAACCGGCAAAGACUUCUUCAGCACGACUCUUUGAUCGACUAGCAAUUGGUUUACUAUUUCUAGGCUAUGUGGCCGAGGGUGUAGUUACAAUUCUAGAACGAAAUGAGCGGAGCAAAGAAGCACAGACGGUUCAUUUCGUUCUGCUCAUCACCAUUUGGUUGCUCAUCUUGAUCCAACACGAUGCACUCCGACUUUUGAUCCUGGGCACAUCGCUCAGUACACUUACCUUUGAGAUCCCAUUGCUCGUGUUUUCUACUCUCGGCAAUCUCAACACUACUCUUUCUGUGGCACGACUUGCCAGCCAAGCAGUCCGAACUCUCCCUCUCUUGUUCCUUUCAGUGUACUACCUCACCUAUCGCGGAAAUGACUACAAUGAACUUUUUGACAACGAGGAGUCAGAACCUUUUCUUCAGACAAGUGGCACAACAGAGUACACAAACUACGGGACUCAGCGACCCAGAGACACAGACUAUGACAGCGACACCUUCACUCAGGGCAGCGAAGAAGACGACGAUGUUAUCGACAUCAAGCGUGAGCGCGCAAAGCGACUUAACGAAAAAGGUGGCUGGUGGGGAUAUCUCGCCGACUUUUCCAUCUUCGUUCCUUUCUUGGUCCCCAAGAAAGAUCGCAAGGUUCAACUUUGUAUCUUGCUCUGUCUUACUUGUAUUGUUGCUACUCGAGCUUUCAACGUCUUGGUGCCCCGUCAACUCGGUAUCGUGGCAGAUCAAUUACUGGCCAAGGAGAGCCCAUUCCAGGCGCUGUUCGUUUGGCUUGGAUUGAGCAUGAUGUCUCACGAUAUUCUCAUCGGCUUCAUUGUGGACCUGACCAAGAUUCCUAUCAAGCAAUUCUCUUACCGAUCACUCACCAAUGCUGCUUUCAACCACGUCCUAUCUCUUCCCAUGGAGUUUCAUUCUGAACGUGACUCUGCAGAGGUCAUGAAAGCCAUCGAGCAAGGCGAAGCUUUGACAAAUGUACUGGAUACACUCCUCAUCGAACUUCUUCCCACAUUCGUCGACUUGAUGAUUGCUUUCAUCUUCUUGUACUGGAAGUUCAACAGCUACGUUGCUCUUGCAAUGGCUGCUGCGGCCACCACCUUUAUCACCUUUGAAGUAUAUGCCACCAGCUGGAACUUGGACAACCGAAGAGAGUCAUCCAAGUCCAAGCGAGAAGAGGUGCGCGUCAUGCAUCAAGCUGUUCAGGGCUGGCAGACUGUAACUUACUUCAACAUGUUUGGCUUUGAGAGGCGCCGUUUCGGAGGCGCAGUUGAUAAGCAAUUGAACGCUGCCCAAGCCUGGGAGAGACGGGACGCAUGCAUUCAAGCUUUGCUGAACGCUAUCGUACCCUGUACGUUUUUCAUUUUGGCCAGUCUUGUCAUUUAUGACGUCUUCCAGGGGGGUUCCUCGCCCGGUGACUUCGUCUUUUUCAUCCAGUACUGGGAGUACUUGAUUUGGCCUCUCAAGUUCCUGUCUCAUCAAUAUCGCUAUCUCAUGUCCGAUUUGGUCGACGCCGAGCGUCUUCUCUACCUGCUGCAGACAAAGCCAAGCAUCACCGAUAAAGAAGGAGCCAAGGAGCUCGAAAAGGUUCAGGGUCGUGUUGAAUUCAAGAAUGUUUCUUUCUCCUACGAUCCUCGCAAGGCAACCAUCCAAGAUCUUUCCCUAUCGGUCGAGCAGGGACAGACUGUGGCACUUGUUGGAGAGACAGGCGCUGGCAAGUCAUCUAUCAUGAAACUGCUUCUCCGCUUCUACGACAUCAACCAAGGUUCUAUUACCAUUGAUGGCCACGACAUUCGCGAUAUCACCCUCAGCUCGUUGAGGGACGCCCUUGGGGUUGUUCCCCAGGACCCCCUGCUAUUUAACGCAUCAGUCCUCGAGAAUAUGCGCUACGCCCGACCUUCAGCUACAGACGAAGAGAUAUACGAUGCUUGCAGAGCAGCAGCUAUCCAUGACAAGAUUCUUAGCUUCGUUGACGGAUAUAACACUGAAGUUGGAGAGCAAGGCGUCAAGCUAUCAGGAGGCGAGAUCCAGAGAUUGGCAAUCGCUCGAGUGUUUUUGAAGAAUCCUCCUAUCCUUAUUCUGGACGAGGCAACCAGUGCCAUCGAUACGAACACCGAGUCCAGCAUCCAGGGUGCUCUUGAUGAGUUGAAACGCGAGAGAUCGACGUUCAUCAUUGCGCAUCGACUGUCGACAAUUGUCAGUGCGGACAAGAUUCUCGUCAUUCAUGAUGGAAAAGUUGUUGAGUCAGGAACACACGCUGAAUUGAUCUCAAUUGAAGGAAGAUACAAGCAAUUGUGGAACAAACAGAUUGCAAACAAAUAG